CAUUUUACUCAAAGAUACUAAGUGCUGGAGGAAGAUUAAAAGUAGUUGAGUUUGUUUAUAUGUUAAAAAUAUGUCGAAGGAAACGCAACAAAUCGUCGUUGUAUUCGUCGCUUUGUUUUCGGCAUGUUCCUUCUCUACAUAUGUUGCAAGUCUCAUUGGUGGACGUUGGUAUUCGUGUCGCUCGGACGAACAUUCUGCGAGAUUUGAUAUCAUAUUUAGUUUGUGGUCAUAUUGUCAGAUAAAUAAACAAAAUACGUAUGAUUGCUCCUCCAUCGAUGAUGCUGAACAGUUUAAAGAAGUUCUGCUAGAUUUUUGGAUCAUGCGUGUUCUUGGUGUUACUAUAGCAGUAUGUGCUGGCGCAGCGUUUCUACUAGCACUUACCCAUUGCGUUAUGCAGAGUAGAAAGAUUACAAGGAAGAUCACUAUCAUGCAAGUGUGUUUCGCCAUUGCAACAGUUGUUCUUGGUAUGGCGAACGUAAUUUAUUCCACAACACGCGGUCAAGAUAUCGUUGGCAUAGAAACCAAAUUCACAUUUGGAUGGAGCUGUGUGAUUGGUUGGAUUGGCACAAUUGUUUCAUUGUUAAGUUGUUUAUUGACUAUUGCCCUCAUGUUUAUCUUUCUUGACAAUGUAACAGAGCAUACAUUUCAAGUCAGGGAAGAACUAAAUAUGGACACACUGUCCAUAUCAUCUGAAACACUAGAAAGAUUAGCAAACGCUGAAGAGAGUGUGAACAAUGCUGCGGUUAUAUCGAAUGAUAUCGCCUUGCAGGAAAUUAGUAUUGAAAUAGAUAGUAAUGUUACUGAAAAUAAGCAAUCUAUAUCCUUAAGUGAUAUUUCGGAUGGUGAAAAUGUCCGGGAAGACACUACGAAAGGUGAACAGAAAACAAUAAAUCAAAUUUACAAAAGAAGUAAAAAUAUAGCUACAUUAAAAACUAUUGACGAAGAGACGGAAACGUCAUUAGAUUCAAAUGAACACAUUGACAAUCCUCGAAGUCCUGAAUCCGGAAAGAUUAGAGAUUAAAUUAUAUCUUUUUUUAUUUAAAGUUAUAUUUUAUAAAAUUAUUUUAUUGUAACAUGUUAUUUAUAUUUAUAAGGAUUAUAAUUGUCUUGUGCUGGAUACAAAAA